AUGAAAUUGAGAGUGAGAGCUUUAGAAUCGAAGGAGACUCUAAAGAUCGAGACGCCAUCUCCAUGUUCUCUCCAAGACCUAAAGAAUGCUGUUGCUGAGAAGAUUUCUUCUCUUCCUGAAACCCUACAUCUGUCUCUCAACCGGAAAGAUGAGAUUCCCGAGUCUUCUCCUGAGGAAUCUCUCCAGUCUCUCGGCAUCACUUCUGGGGAUUUGAUCUUCUACACUCUUAACCCUAACGGGUUCUCGGGAGGAACCUCCACUGUGACCCAGCAGACCCAGGCGGGAGAGGAUCGUCAAUUUCAGGCAAGUGAUAAGCUUUCCGAUCCCGAAUCGGAAACCCGGAAGCAGCCGAAUGAUUCUGACCCCCUGACGAGGAGUUUGAGUUCUGAAGGUACCUCGUCAGCCGUGUCCCUGAAUCCACCCCAGGAGGAACCUAUAGGUAUUUCUGAGAAUGCUGAUGAAAAUAUGAAUGAAAUGGAAGAGAUGGAUGUAGAUGUAAUAGAUGAAGCUACACCUGAGAUAUUGACGAACUCCUCUUCUGUGCCGUGCUUUAUGAAGAAGGUAUUCAAAGAGGAGGCGGGAAAUGCUGGGAGUAACAGCAAGCUUCUGAUAAUUGCUGUUCAUGCUGUUCUUUUGGAGUCUGGCUUUGUUUGCUUCGAUUCCGCGACGAACCAGAAGAUAGCCGGUUUUAGUCUUCCACAAGGAUGGGCUUCAAGGGCUUGUACGGUAUCCGUAAAAUACACAGUCCCUGAUCUUUUCGGCUCUGGAGGCGAGGUUGUAGAAGCUGUUGUCUUGAAGUUUCAGAAUUUGGGGAAAUUAGUUCAUGUUUAUGGGUCUUUAGGGAAAAAGGGUUCGGAUAUCUAUGCGCUGUCUUUGGAUGAAUCUCUUUUCAUGCCGUCGAUAAAUUUCGUGUGGACAAAUUGUGAUUCUUUGGCUGCUGUAACUGACAAAGAUGAAUAUGAUGUUAAAUCGACCCAUGAGAAAAAAGUAUUUGAAUUUUGGAAAAUGGUGAAGGACAGACUGACAUUGCCUCUCCUUGUCGAUCUCUGUGAGAAAACUGGAUUAGUCUCUCCACCAUGCUUCAUGCUGCUCCCGACUGAACUUAAGAUUCAAAUUCUGGAUUUUCUUCCAGGUGCUGAUACAGCAAAGAUUGGUUGUGUUUGUUCUGAACUGCGAUACCUAUCAUCAAACGAUGACCUGUGGAAGCAUAAAUUUGCAAAAGAGUUUGGAUUUUCUGCGGCAGAGGGAAUUGGAGGGAGCUGGAAGAAGAAGUUUGCUUCACUUUCUGAGAAGAAGAAGAUGAGGAAGAGGAGGAUGGGUACCAUGAGGCCAACGAGAUUAGGGCCAUACCCAUUUGGGGAUCCUUAUUUUCUUAUCAGAGACCCUGCAAUUCUUGGACCUUUUGGUGGGCGCAGUGACGUUUUACCAGGAGGUGUUGAUUUCCCUUAUGGCUUAGCUGCUCCCCGCUUGAUAGGGCGUCGACAUGUUGGUACCCGUUGUAACCUGGGUGGUUUUAAUAUCUAGCUUCGCAACUUGAAGAAUCCAGCUUGGGAGGACGGAAUUCAAAUAUGCUUCCCAGGCCACUUAAAUGUCUGUGUUUGUUCUUCGGUAGGUAAUGGAAAAGAAAGUUGAACAUAUUCAGUUUCAGUUUGGAAUUCUCCAUGGGAUUCUGUAUGAUGAGUUGAUCUGUAUUUUGAGAUUAUGUAAAUAUUUGUGAUACACUGCUUUGUGGUAUAUAAAGUAGAUUUCUUU